AUGUCCUCAAUGACGCGUGGAAUUUCAAAAUUAAAAUUAUUGAAUAAGUCAAUCUACACGCCAAUAGCAGUCACCACACAGAUCAGAAACCACUCAAACAAAACUCAUUUCGGAUUUAAAUCCGUUGAUCAGGAUAAGAAGGAGGAUUUAGUCUCAAAUGUCUUCUCCUCCGUUGCGCCUGCUUAUGAUAUUAUGAACGACGUCAUGUCCUUUGGCAUUCACAGGCUUUGGAAGGAUGACUUUGUCGGCUCACUCAACCCCCACUCUAUAAAGACUAUCUCCGAAGCCGGCGUUACUGAGGAAUACGCCCGUAAAUUCGGCGGCACCGGUCUCAACUGCAUCGAUAUGGCUGGCGGUACUGGCGACAUUGCCCACAGAAUACUCGACCAUGCCAAAGACAAGCACGCUGACAGGAGUGUAAAUGUCACAGUGAUGGAUGUUAAUCCACAGAUGCUCGCUGAGGGUGAAAAACGUGCUCGUAAAUCCUUCUACUUCAACACUGACCAGAUAAAGUUCAAGCUAGCCAAUGCAGAGUGUCUCGAGAACAUCCCCUCCAACUCUGUCGACCUUUACACUAUCGCUUUUGGUAUAAGGAAUUGCACACACAUUGACACUGUCAUACGCGAAGCCCAUCGUGUGCUCAAACCAGGCGGUGUUUUCGCUGUGUUAGAAUUUGGUAAAGUGUCUCAGCCUCUCCUCGCUUCCCUCUACUCCACUUACUCGUUCAACUUGAUCCCUGCUAUUGGCCACCUCGUCGCUGGCGAUAGAGAAUCGUACCAAUACCUCGUUGAAUCUAUUGAACGCUUUCCUGAUCAGCCUACGUUCGCUAACAUGCUCCGGGACGCUGGUUUUCAUCUUCCUAACAAACGCGGUUAUAGAGAUCUCACUCUUGGUGUUGCUUCUGUCUGGAAGGGUGUUAAAGUCGAUGAGAGUUAG